UUUUUAUCACUUUAACAUCAAAUCAUUUUUCAUAUAACCGAACUAAAAAUGAAAAAUUCGAAGUGAUUAAAUAAACUCUCAAUAAAUACUAAUAAACAAUACUAUUUUCAACUCUUUAUUAUGAGUAGUUGAGUUUUAUAUACAGUAUUUUAAUAUGUUUUCAAAUUUUAUAAGUGUUGUCUUACGAGUCCACCGUACUUUUAGUAGCAAUUCUACAGCUAUAACCAAAAUUCAUCGUAAUGUUUAUCCUCGACAUUAUUUAACUAAAAUUGUAAAACCAGAUGGUUCGAGUUUCACAAUAAGAUAUCAUGAACCUCGAAUGAUAAUAAAAUUGCCACUAGAUUUGAAUUCCAUUAGUGAGGAAGAAAAGAAACGUAGAAUAGAAGCAAGAAAACCUAAAAAGAAAGUCAAAAUUAUUAAUGAAAUAGAUGAUUCUUUUGAUAGAACUAAAUAUUUGAAAUAUUUCAAAAGAUGAUAGCUUCGUAGUCAUAAGUUAAUUUAGGAAUGUAAAAUAAAAUAAUUUUUAUAUUUAAUAGUACAUAAAUAUAUUAAUUUCUUUUGAA